GGCUCAUAUUAAGGAUAUGGUUGGUGCCCCAGAGUUCAUUACUAUUGAUGACGCUCAAGUGGAAUACAAGGUCAUCUGUAAAGCAUUUGGACGGGAUGUAACUGUCCAUUUGUGUCUAUGGCAUGUGAUGAAAGCCUGGGCCCGCAAGCUCUCGACCUUAAUUUGAGGUGCCGAUAGGAACCAAAACAAGGAUCUUCGGCAAUCCGCAAUGAAUGAACUCCGUUCGAUUCUUUGUGAUCCAUCCUCUGGAAGUGCCGGUGAGACGAUAGUUGAAUUCGAAAAGAAAUGAUCGGAGCACAAUGAGGGAAAGCUUUGGAAAUACCUCAAAGAACGGUACUUCAUUGGAGGACGUAGGCAACGAUGGAUGAAGUCAUACCGUGUUGGCAAAUUCUAUGCCGGCAUGGACACCAAUAAUUAUGUAAAACCUUGGCACAAUCAUCUCAAGUCUCAUUUUCUACGAGGCCAUACUAACUGCCGAGGUGACAGGCUGAUCUACCUUUUAAGCCAUGAUGUAGAUGACUUCUAUCAGGCGCUGGCAAUGCGUAGUGUGGUUCGUUAUGGCCGGCAUUCCAAAGGCGAGAAGACAGAUAUCUUGCAAGAAAGAUGUCUAAACAACAAAACAAUUGAGGCGCUCCAAGGUCUGGUCAUCUACGUUGAAGGGUAUUAUUGCGUUAUCUCGCCAACAACUGGGUGUAGUAUAUAUAACGUUAACGUCGAUGAAAACAAUACCAUUACAGGAUAUAAUUGCCAAUAUUUUAUUAAUCGGCACCGUCCUUGCAUGCAUAUGCUUGUGUUAUUCAAAGUUAAGCAGAGACGAAAAUCGUCCACUGAGUCUUCCCAGAAAGGCUGUGCCUUUGGUCAUGGACAAACACAUGGCUGUUGAGCACGGUGAAUAUCAAAUUGAGGAGGAGGGUGAGUUUAACCAAACUGAGAUUCAACUAGGAGAAUCAGCAAAGCGAAGAAACUGAUGAGUUGCUUGAGUUCUUCAAAGCUUCGGUAUUAUCGAUAGGUCAGAAGAUAAUGUAGGGAAGUUGAGACUUGUAGUAAAUACGCUAGAUAGUAUGUCAAUAAUCCCGAAUACUUCUGGAACUAAGAAGCGAU